GGUGAGUUUCACGAUUGACGCUUCGAUUCAAGCACAAAGCUAUUCAUAACCUGUUAGGAGACUACCCAAACUCUCUCUUUCAGAAACUAUAUACCUCAAACUUCAACAUGCUUAGAUUAUCCAAGCCGAUCAUCGGGACUGCCAAGCCUAGCCAGGCCAUCCGUUUCCGCACCCGUACUUCCAAGGUCCCAGUCACCGAUCCAGGCAGACACAACCCUUACUUGCGUAAGUUGCAAGAAGCUAGGGCACAGCCUAUAGUUGUUAAGAAGCCGGAAAUUGACACCAGCGCUCUUUGGCACAACCCGAGCCAGUGGUUAAGUCAGAAGUGUACCGCUGAGCAAAUCUUGAACUUCACCCAACAGAGACGUACCUUGUUGGGUAAGGACUUUAAGCACAACAAGGCUGAAUUUGAAGCCUUGUUAACCACCUCUGAUUACACUGGUUUGACCAAAGAUCACAUCAGAAUUCAAUACUACCAAGGUGACAAGGCCCUCCAAAGACUUCUCGGUGCUCCAAAGGCCAUCAAGAAUGCCAGAGACUUCGAAGCCCACGUUUACAACCCUGUGACUAUCAGAAGAGACUAUGAUUCUCAUGAGAAGCGUAAGAUCUUUGACCACCGUGAUGUUAGACACUUGAACCGUGCCGCAGCCUACGAAUUGCCAAAGUUGGCGUUGUAUAGGCAAGAAUUCCAACCUCCAAACCCAGUCGAGAAGCCAUUGAAGUUCAAGUUUAUCUCCAUGAUGGCCAGGCCACAGGAUGCACACAACCGUAAGGUUGUCUUGACCUGUAAAGUCGAAAACUUGAAACUCUCUGCUGAGUCUUCUCACAAGCUUAAGUUGUUGGCCGGCGUCAGAUACGAUCGUCGUACCGAUGAACUCAAGAUGAGCUGCACUAACCACGAAGAACCAGCCCAGAAUGUUAGAUACUUGGUUCAAAUCUUCGACAACUUGUUGGCGGAGGCUAAAGAUUUGAGCAAGGACUCCUUCAGUGAUAUUCCAUUGGAUGACAGACACAUCAGAGCUAAGGAGUCCAAGCAGAAGAAGCGUCUCUGCGACUUUGUUUUCCCAGAAGAAUGGAAGAGACCCCAGGACGCCCCCGUCCAAAUGGAGUGUGAAUUCGUUCCAAAGAGAUUGUUGGAGUUGAUCCACUAGGCUCUCCCAGUUCUCGGAUGACUAUAAAUAUAACGGCCCAGCCAUUCUCUGUAGAGGAGAUAUGGGUGAUGGCAUACACGUACAGAGUGCAUGUCAGUGAUACGGGUGUUAUUGACUUGCAUAACCAAAACAAA